AUGGCGUUGGAGGUGCAACCGCCCAGCGAUCGCAAGCGGGUGAAAGUUUACGAACUUAGAGAUAAUGACUGGUUUGAUCGGGGAACGGGGUUUUGUACGGGACAGAUACUUGACGAUGAGCCGCGGAUAUUCGUCGAGUCGGAAGAUGAGCCCAAUCGGGUGCUCCUGGAGACGAAAAUCUCCAAGGAUGACGGCUAUCAGAAACAACAAGAAACCUUGAUCGUAUGGACGGAGCCAAAUGGGACGGACAUGGCGCUAAGUUUCCAGGAAGCGGAAGGGUGCGCUGUGAUCUGGAAUUUUGUCAACAAUGUCCAACAGCAUCUUCUGAGUAUGGCUCCAGGAGAAGACGCCCUGUCGGACGAGAUUGAAAGUUAUCAAUCGAUCAUGUUGCCUCCACCCGAGCUCGGAAAUCUGCCAGAGAUAGACCAUGUCAUGCGGGCCGCGAGCAUUACACAGGCCGGACGCGAUGCGCUAUCGAAAUUCGUCAUCCGAGAAGAAUACAUUCCCAAGCUUAUUCCAUUGGUCACGAUGGCAGAGGAUCUUGAAAGCCUUUCCGAUCUACAUCGCCUUUGCAAUAUCAUGAAGUCGCUUAUCCUUCUCAAUGACAAUACCAUCAUCGAGACCGUCGUUACCGAUUCCAUUAUUCUCGGUGUGGUUGGGGCAUUGGAAUACGAUCCUGAGUUUCCUACCCACAAAGCCAACCACCGACAAUACCUCGCGGACAAGUCGCGCUACAAGGAAGUUGUGCCCAUCAAGGAUGCCUUAAUUCGCCGCAAGAUCAGCUACACCUGGCGCCUACAGUAUCUCAAGGAUGUGGUUCUAGCUCGAAUCCUUGACGACCCGACAUUCUCCGUUCUGAAUUCCUUAAUAUUCUUCAAUCAGGUCGAAAUUGUCAACCAUAUCCAGGCCAACGCCCCAUUCUUGAAGGAGUUAUUUACAGUCUUCGACCCGAGAAGUGCGGACACCAAGCGCAAGGAAGAUGCGGUCCAGUUCCUACACCAAUGCGCUGUCAUCGCAAAGAAUUUGCAGGCGCCGGCGCGUGCCAAUCUUUUUGCGAACUUUAUUAGCCACGGUCUAUUUGCUGUUAUCGCUUUCGCCAUCAAACACCCCAAACCGGCUUUGCGCACAACAGGAAUCGAUAUCUUAGUAGCGCUUCUUGAUCACGACCCCGUUAUGAUGCGUGGAUAUAUGCUCAAAGCCGUCAACGAGAAGAAGACGCCCCUUACUGAUACGCUUAUUGACUUGCUGCAUACAGAGUCGGACCUGGGAGUUAAGAAUCAACUUGCAGAUGCCGUCAAAGUCUUAUUGGACCCUCAGAUCCCUCUGCAGGAUACCAUGGGUCGGGCUGGACCCGAGCACUUCAACAAGCCGCGACCUAAUAUUCUUUCCGAUGCAUUUGUCCAAAACCAUUUCGACGAAUCUGCGCGGAGGCUAUUUUGGCCCUUGAAACGGCUCGAACAUGCUGACCACCUACGCGACUUGACGUUCCAACAAGUGGCAUUAUACUCUCACCUCGUGGAUAUCCUAACAUUCUUUGUUCGUCAACAUCUCUACCGAAGCCGGAAUGUCAUCCACAGCGAAUCUCUCGCACCUCGAAUCGCUCAGUUGCUCGCGGUACCCCAUAAGCAUCUCAAGCUGACUGCGUUGAGAUUCUUCCGCGCUCUGACCAGUCUCCAAGAUACUUUCUACCAAGCACUUAUGACCCACAACAACAUCUUUGGACUGAUCCUCGAUAUUGUUUAUGAGACGAUGCCCCGUGAUAAUCUACUGAAUUCAGCUUGCCUCGAACUUUUCGAAGCCAUCCGAUGCGACAAUAUGAAACCCUUUGUUCUACACGUCGUUGAGAAGUACGGCGAGAAGAUCAAAAAUAUCACCUAUGUGGAGACAUUCCAGAGCUUGAUACUUCGCUACGAGCAGAUGCAGGGCUACGGUGGCGAUCCGGAUUCCACGCUUCUGUCACAUGAGGAGGAAACGCCGUCUCGAAGGAUGCAGGCCAACGGCCAGCGUUGGCAGGGCGUCAGGGAGAUGGAUGCCGCUGAGGAGGAGUACUUCAACACGUCCGAUGAUGAAGAGUGGCCGCAAGAGAGCCGGCAGAGCACCUCAGAGGCUGCCCAGGUGCAGAAUGGCGCUGCAUCGCCUGCCGUUAAACCUCUCGUUGAUUACCCAGACGAUGAUGACGAUGAAGAAGAUGCAAUGGAUACCAGGCCGGAGCUCGGCGAUGGCCAGGUGCAACAAACUCAGGAGGAGCCACAGCAAGAUGGCUCAAAUCACGACGAUGCUUGCAGUUCUGGUGAGAAUACACCGUCUACUCCGGUGUCUUUGACAGUCCAGACGCCUCCGGAGAGGUUGUCGGAGAAGCGUCGGCGGGAAGAGGAAGACGAUGAUGAGUUGAUCAAGCUCACAUCUGGACCGAAACGGAGAAGCUCGACAAGCGCAGGUCCCGGCAGUGCAGGGUUCCUGCGGAGGAAGCGAAGUGUGUCGAUUGGCUCACUUGCCACCAAUGACAAGGGUGCAACAUUGGGAAGUCUCAAUAGCAGCGCGGCGCCCAAAAGGAUAGCCAUUAACCUCAGCUCUACUUCAACUAGCACUGUCAGAAGCAAGGCGUCCGAUACAGGCUCGACCCAAUCAACAACAGACCAUGCGAGCAAUGAGAAGGAAAACCGGGACGAUAACCACAGUGGUGGUGGAUGA